CGUAGUGUUGGUGUUUCCGUGAGUCACUAGAUGGCGCUCGCGUUCUGUAAACACAGCAUGCGGAGAAGAACGUAAAUAAUGGGAAAGAAAAGUAAGAAAUUCAUUGAUCGUCGGCGGGAUGUUCUUCACACCUUUAAGGUGGUGGCUCGCAGCCAGAGAGAUCCACUGGUCGCCGACGAGACUGCACCUCAGUCAGUUUUACAGCCGUCUGAAGUGGAAGAGCAGAAAGCAGAGCAACAGAAGUAUGGAAUUUACUUUGAUGAUGAUUACAAUUAUUUGCAACAUCUCCGAGGCGUGCGUGAAGCUGUGAAUUGGGAUGAUGAAGAAUUAGAAGUUUACACUAUUCGUAAAGAAGACCCUCAGGCUAACAAGAAAGAACUCCGUAAACAGAAGUUGGUUUUGCCUUCCUCCGUAUUCGAGUCAUUUCUGGAAGAGCCUAUUGGGCUUCUCAAUAAGGCUGCUCCUCUAACAGGUCCACGUCCUGAACUCGAUCCUGAUGUUGUAGCUAGACUAGAUGAUGAUUUAAUUGAUGAUGAGACUGCUUGCAAUCCUGAUGACGAAGAUGCUCUUCCUGACAAUUUUGUUGUCAUGCUCAACUCAGAGACUCCCAUUCAUGAAUUUGACAAUGAUGAAGAAUGGGAGGACUGCGAUGACUAUGAUGUUGCCUGGGAGAAUGACCUUGCUGGUUGCCACCAUUUGCCAGCUCUUUCUAAACUGAGUGCUUACAGAGAACAAUCUAAGGAAGAAGGUUACGAUGCAGAUGAAGAGGAACGUGACUUCAGCAGUGAUUUCAAUGACAGCGACGAUGAAGAACGAGAUGAACUCGGCAGUUUGGACGGCCCGCCCAAAACUUUUCGUGAGGAGGAGACUGCUUCUCACUUCACGAACUACUCUUUAUCUUCAAGUGUCUUAAGACGAAAUGAAGGCCUUUCUGUUCUGGAUGACUGUUUUGAAGAAAAGUUUGUGCGGGAGUAUGACGAUGAACAGGUUGGUGCACUUGAUGGCGAAGACAUUGAUGGCUUUAUCGGGGAAGACUCGCCACUUUUCAAGCAGGUUUUGGAAAAGGCAAAGAAGCAGCUGCAAGCAGAGCCAGAAGAUGAAAAGACUAGGAUUAUCAAUUGGAUCAAGGAUAUGCAACAGAGGAUAGAUGAAGACAAGGAAAAAGUACAGAUUGAAUUAUCAGACAGCGAACCAGGAGAGAAGUGGGACUGUGAGACUAUUCUUUCUACCUAUUCGACGCAGUACAAUCAUCCACGAACUAUUACUGAUCCUCCUCGUCGAAAAAAGAUUGCCGUUAAUCCCAGAACUGGUAUCCCCUUAGAACAUGGAGUUGAAGGGUUAACCAAGAAAGCUCUUGUGUUGCACAAUAAUCAGAUAGGUGGUGACAGUGGCAAAGCACAAUUGGACACGGAAACACUAAUCACGAGUAUGUCGACAAUAUCCAUUCGACCUCCUGGCGAAACCAGUGAUGAACGUAGGUUUAGAAAGAAAGCACUUAAGGAAUUACGAAGGGAGAGACGAAGUGAAAAGAAAUUAAAUAGGUGUACUUUUAAGGAUGAAAAGAAACGGCUGGAGAAGAUCAGUAUGAAUAACAGAUAUAAUAACAAAAUAUCAUUGGUGUAACUCUGCUACAGUAUUUAAGAGUUUCUUUCCUGACGCAAACUUCUCAACGAACUUCAUAGCAUUGUGCGCCAAUAAGAUUACGUACUAUAUAUAACGUUAUGAUUGUUAUUCCUUCUGUCAGAGAUUUAUUCCAGUGGUGUGAGUUCUAUUGUUGGUUUGGACAAAGAUGAAAGGUUUUCAAGUCUUUUUCAUUGCUGGCUUCACAACUUUAUAUUUUGAAAUUUUGGAUGUCGACACAUUGUUGAAACCUGCAUGUUUUUGGGACCCUAUAUUUAACCAGUGGAAGGUUUUCUGAAAUCUUUUAUGUUGCUACUCCUUAAUUAAGUGGCAAAUUUUGGAAAUGUAAUCUCUACUUAGGUAAUCUUUUGUCUUUUAAGGUUACUGUAUUUUGUAAUCACAAAUAUAACUCUAGAAAUGCACACCUUAAACCAAUAUACAGUAUAUUGUAAUAGUCGUCUGUAUGUCAAAACCAAUAAAACAGUAUAAGAAACAGAUACAGAUUA